AUGGGGGACCAACCUUGUCCCUCCGGGAGAUCCACGCUCCCGUCUGCCAACACGCGAGAAAGCAAGCCUCCAAGAAAGCGCUGCCUCUUAGCUCCACGGUGGGAUUAUCCAGAAGGGACCCCAAACGGAGGUACCCCUCUUCCCUCCGCACCUCCUCCGGCAUCUCCCGGGCUGAAGUCGCACCCUCUUCCUCCGGAGAAGUCAUAG